UUGUUCAGCACAGCCACACUGGCUCUUAUUCCGGUCUGAAAUUAGCAAUUUUGCAUUUUGGACAAUAAUUGUGUGUUAAAGGCCCUCUUGAAUUAUUUAAAAAUACAAUCAGAAUGCCUACUAUUGGAGUUAAACGGGAUCUGCUCUUUGAGGCGCUCGGCAAGACGUACACCGAUGAUGAAUUCCAGGAGCUGUGCUUUGCUUUCGGGCUUGAACUGGAUGAAGUGACGACUGAGAAGCAAAUGCUGACUAAGGAGCAGGGCGAUGUAGCAGCGGCGGCGAAUGCCAGCGAAGAGAUUAUUUACAGAAUUGACAUACCAGCAAACCGGUACGACUUGCUCUGUCUUGAGGGUCUAGUCACGGGUCUGCUGGUGUUCCAGGGCAAACUUAAACCCCCCAAGUUCCACUUUGUGGAGCCAGCAAAGAGGCAAGUGCUGAAGAUUGAUCCUUCGACGGCCAAGAUUCGUCCUUAUGCUGUGGCCGCUGUGCUUCGGAACGUUACCUUUACGCAGGCGUCCUACAACAGCUUCAUCGAUCUGCAGGACAAACUGCACCAAAACAUCUGCCGCAAGCGCACGUUGGUUGCUAUUGGAACUCAUGAUCUGGACACCUUGCAAGGACCCUUCAGCUACGAGGCUCUCGCACCCGAACAGAUCAAAUUCAAGCCACUUAAUCAAACCAAGGAGAUGACCGGCAACCAGCUAAUGGACUUCUAUGCUACGCAUGCCCAGCUGAAGCAAUAUUUGCCCAUCAUUCGAGACUCCCCGGUUUACCCGGUGAUCUACGAUGCAAACCGUGUGGUUCUUUCACUGCCGCCAAUUAUCAACGGCGACCAUUCCAAGAUCUCGCUAAAGACCAAGAACGUAUUCAUCGAGUGUACGGCCACGGAUCGGACGAAGGCCAAGGUGGUGCUGGACACCAUUGUGUGCCUGUUCUCCGAGCACUGUGCCCAGAAGUUUACUGUAGAGCCGUGCGAUGUGGUUGAGCCUGACGGAACUGUGACCUCGUAUCCCGAGUUGGAGGUGCGCGAGGAGCGGAUCUCGGUGAAACGCGCCAAUGCCUACAUUGGCAUCGAUGAGCCAGCGGAGAAGCUAGCCGACAUGCUGACUCGCAUGUAUCUGGAGGCCAAGGUUGAUGGGGACUCGCUGGUGGUGAAGAUCCCGCCAACUCGGCAUGACGUGAUCCAUGCCUGCGACAUUUACGAGGACGUAGCCAUUGCCUUUGGCUAUAACAACAUUAAGAAAUCACUGCCUGCCUUUAUGCAGAUAGCCAAGCAAUUUCCACUUAAUAAGCUCACCGAACAGCUUCGCGAACAGGUUGCACAGGCUGGAUUCACGGAAGCGCUGACCUUUACGCUCUGCUCGCGGGAUGACAUUGGUCGCAAGCUGAACAAGAACAUUGAAGCCCUGCCGGCCGUGCAUAUCGGCAAUCCCAAGACCCUGGAGUUCCAGGUGGUGCGCACUACCUUGUUGCCUGGUCUUCUCAAGACGCUGGUGGCAAAUCGCAAAAUGCCGCUGCCCUUGAAGCUCUUCGAGAUUAGCGACGUUGUGGUGGCGGAUGAGAAUACAGAAGUUGGAGCCCGCAACGAGCGAAGGGUGUGUGCCGUCAACUGCAACAAGACUGCUGGUUUCGAGGUGGUGCACGGUCUACUGGAUCGCGUGAUGCAACUGCUCUCUGUGCCCUGGAAAACGGCCAACGUGACCAAGGGAUAUUACCUCCAAGCUGCUGAAGAUCCCAGCUAUUUCCCUGGACGCUGUGCUAAUGUCAUGUACGACAACGUGGUCAUUGGCAAAAUCGGAGUCCUGCAUCCCACAGUGCUGCAAGCCUUUGAACUGACCACGCCCUGUUCUGUGGUAGAGUUCACCAUCGAGCCUUUUGUUUGAUGGAUAUAAUCGAUCAAUAAAAUGUUUAACAUUUAUAAAAGCUCACAAAUAAAUUAUCACAAAUUAAAUUACAA